AAGCUCCGUCCUUCCCUGGAAUCAAGUCUCCUCAGCCUUCUGAGUCAGCCCGAGAGGGACAAGUACAAAUUCUGCUAGCAGGUUGCCAAGGUGACCUCGCCCUCUCCAGCGCCCCUUCUCGAUGCCAGCUAUGAGUUCCUGCAACUUCACACAUACCACCUUUGUACUUAUUGGUAUCCCAGGAUUAGAAGAAGCCCAUUUUUGGAUCGGCUUUCCCCUGCUUUCAAUGUAUGUCGUGGCAGUGUUUGGAAACUGCAUCGUGGUCUUCAUCGUAAGGACAGAGCGCAGCCUACAUGCUCCCAUGUACCUCUUUCUCUGCAUGCUGGCAACAAUUGACCUGGCCUUGUCGACAUCCACCAUGCCCAAGAUCCUCGCUCUCUUCUGGUUUGAUUCCCGGGAGAUUACUUUUGAUGCCUGCAUUACCCAGAUGUUUUUUAUUCAUGCUCUCUCAGCUAUUGAGUCCACUAUCCUGCUGGCCAUGGCCUUUGACCGUUAUGUAGCCAUCUGCCACCCACUGCGCCAUGCAGCAGUGCUCAACAAUACAGUAACAGCUCAGAUUGGCAUGGUGGCUGUUGUCCGUGGAUCCCUCUUCUUUAUCCCACUGCCUCUGCUCAUCAAGCGGCUGGCCUUCUGCCACUCCAAUGUGCUCUCUCACUCCUAUUGUGUCCACCAGGAUAUGAUGAAGUUGGCCUAUGCAGACACGUUGCCCAAUGUGAUCUAUGGUCUUACUGCCAUACUGUUAGUUAUGGGCGUGGAUGUUCUGUUCAUCUCCUUGUCCUAUUUUCUGAUUAUACGAACAGUUCUACAACUGCCUUCCAAGUCAGAGCGGGCCAAGGCUUUUGGAACCUGUGUGUCACACAUCGGUGUGGUAUUAGCUUUCUAUGUUCCUCUCAUUGGCCUCUCAGUGGUACACCGUUUUGGAAACAGCCUUGAUCCCAUUGUGCAUGUUCUCAUGGGUGAUGUUUAUCUACUCCUGCCUCCUGUGAUCAAUCCCAUCAUCUACGGUGCCAAGACCAAACAGAUCAGAACUCGUGUGCUAGCUAUGUUCAAGAUUAGCCAUGACAAGGACCCUCAGGUUGUGGAAAGAAGGUGAUCAUUACCACUCUACUUUCCCUUAUUUUUAAUGGCUUGACAUAAGGAUUUCCUAAAGCUAGCUUAAUUCUCUUAUCUAUAAGCAUAUCAAUGAUUUUCUCUGCUGUGGACUCCAAAUUCUGCCUCUGCUUGCGGUGAAAGUUUGGAGGCUACUGUGAUUUCUUUCCAUAGGUCAAAAUGUUAUUGAUAGUGUUACUGUACCAAAAGUCAAAAUUAGAAAAUCCACCAAUGUUCCAAUAAUGUAGUAAAAAAACAUAAAGAAGAGUGACAAAAAAUACAACUGGCUUUUUAACAGGGAAAAAAUUAUUCCACCUGACUAAUAAUCUGAGAAGUAAUAUAUUAAAUCAACAACUAGACAGCAUUUUUAUCUAUUAAAUUCACAGUUUUUAUUAAUGAAAAUUCAAAAUGUUGAAAUAUAAAUGCAUGACCAUCAAAGGUGAUGGUAUGAUUGACAUAUAUAGCAAGAACUUCUUAAAUUUUUUAUUUUUUAUUAACAUAUAAUGUAUUAUUAGCCCCAGGGGUACAGGUUUGUGAAUCAUCAG